AUGGCAGCUAAACAAAAAACGAAACGAGAAGUGGACAGUGAAAAGAUAGACAAACGCGCAAAUAAGCCAAUUAAAAAGAAAAUUACAAAAGAAUCUGUCAAGCCUAUAGAAUUUGAAGAAGAUAUUACAACGGAAAGUAGUUCUUCUAGUGAUGAAGACGAUGACGAUUUCGAGCCAGAAACUGCAAAAGUGACCAAAAAAUCGGCAACAACUAAAACUUCUUCAAAACCUCUUAAAAUUGCCAAAAAGAAAUCGGAAAAUCUUGCUCAAACCGCCGAUGAAAUUUAUCAGAAGCCAAGAAGACGAAAAUCCGAAGAAGCACCGAAACGUCGGCGAAUUAAACGGGUGAACUUUGACACUACGAAAGAUUUCAAAAGGGACACAAUCAUCAAAUUCGAACCAUUUAUUAAUUGCAAUUCGGAAUUGACGCGCGAAUUGACUGAAAAAGAUUGCGAUAUUGAUAAAAUUGAUUCAAUUAUUUAUCAUCUUGAUGAGCAGAAUUUCAAAAAAGAUCAAGUGCGUCCAAUUAAUAAAUAUGCUGAUUAUGAUAUGGAAAAGGUUAUCGACGCACUUCUCGAAGAAGAGAAAAAUUUAAUUCAUGAGCGUGUUGAGCAAUCUGUUCAACUACCAGUGAACCCAUUUGUAGAAAAGCUUCUUGGAUUUGAACUGUCAAAUGAGUGUUUGGGUGCAACUCGACCACUCGUACGCUCCUACCACCCUGACAUGCUCGAUGAAAGUUUUGCUAAUGUCCCGUCUUUUGUUUUAUGGCAGAGACCAUUCAAAUCGUUGCACAUUUUUCUGAUUUCAGCAAUUAUGAAUAAUCUUGCUCAAUUAGUAUCUCAGAAAAUUGAGGCUCGAAAAGCACGAAUCGCCUGGGAAAAGCAGCAGACGAUAAAAAUUGAGUCGAGAAUCGGAUCCAUUAAGAAAGAAAUCACGAUUGAGAAUGACGCGAAUUCGGAAUUCACGCCGUUCGAUGAUGAUCAUAACGAGGAAUUCGACGAGAUAUUCGGCACCGGUGAUAGUCUUUUGUGCUCGAUGAAGCAUGAUCGUCUCAUGUAA